CCCCCCACAACCCCACAACCCCCUUUAGGGCAAGGAGUUUGAGACGCGCCUGAAGGAGAAGAAGCCGGGCGACCUGUCGGAUGAGCUGCGCAUCGCACUGGGCAUGCCUGUGGGGCCGAGCGCCCACAAGGUGCCCCCCGCCGUGGCUGAUCGCCAUGCAGCGCUACGGGCCGCCGCCAUCCUUACCCCAACCUCAAGAUCCCCGGCCUCAACUCCCCCAUCCCUGAGGGCUGUUCCUUUGGGUACCACGCGGGGGGCUGGGGGAAACCCCCUGUGGACGAGACGGGGAAGCCGCUCUACGGCGACGUCUUUGGCACCAACGCCGCCGAGUUCCAGGCCAAGGAGGAGGAGGAGGAGAUCGACCGCACGCCGUGGGGGGAGCUGGAGCCGUCGGACGAGGAAUCGUCGGAGGAGGAGGAGGAGGAGGAGAGCGACGACGACAAGCCUGACGACAGCGGCUUCGUCACCCCCGGCCGACAGCGGUCUGAUCACCCCCGGCGGUUUCUCGUCGGUGCCGGCAGGGAUGGAGACACCGGAACUCAUUGAGCUGCGCAAGAAGAAAAUCGAGGAGGCCAUGGAUGGCAGCGAGACGCCGCAGCUCUUCACCGUGGUGCCCGAAAAACGAACGGCCAGCGUGGGCAGCGCCAUGAUGGGAUCGACCCACAUCUACGACAUGGCGGCCGUGAUGGGGCGGAAGGGCGGCGGCGCGGCGGAGGCGCAGGGCGUUGAGGUGGCGCUGGCACCGGAGGAGCUGGAGUUGGACCCCAGCGCCAUGACGCAGAAAUACGAGGAGCGCGUGCGCGAGCAGCAGGCGCAGGUGGAGAAGGAGGACUUCAGCGACAUGGUGGCCGAGCACGCCGCCAAGCAGAAGCAGAAGAAGCGCAAGGCUCAGCCGCAGGACGCCCGCGGGGGGGGCAAGAAUACAAGGAGUUCAAAUUCUGAUGGCGCUUCGAUCCCACGCCCCCCCCCGCCAACCCCCCCCCCCCCCCCCCCACGACCCCCCCCCAAAUCGAGAGACCCCCGUUUCCCCCCCCCCCCUCCCCCCAUUUUGUUUUAUAAAUAA